AUGGGGGCACAAGAAGCUGUAGGAAAUGUUCUUACUUUUUUGGAUUCCCAUUGUGAAUGUACCCGUGGAUGGCUGGAACCGUUGCUGGCCAGAAUAAGGAAAGAAAGAAAGGCUGUUGUUUGUCCUAUUAUUGGUAAUAAAUUUACAUUUGCUUAUCAAAAAGGAAUCGAAUUAUUUAGAGGAGGAUUUAAUUGGAAUAUGCAAUUUAGAUGGUAUGCAGUUCCAACAGAUAUGGCCAAGCAAAGGCAUCAAAAAGACCCUACAGCAGCCAUUGUUUCUCCAACAAUGGCUGGCGGUCUCUUUAGUAUAGACAAACAAUUUUUCCAAGAAUUGGGUGCUUAUGACCCGGAUAUGGACAUUUGGGGAGGGGAGAAUUUGGAAAUGUCUUUUAGAGUAUGGCAAUGUGGAGGUGUUAUAGAAAUUCUGCCUUGCUCCCACGUUGGCCAUGUAUUCCGACAUGCCUCUCCCCAUGAUUUUCCUAAAGAAAAAAGUUCUGGUAAAAUACUUAAUUCAAACUUGGCGAGAGUGAGUGAAGUAUGGAUGGAUCAGUGGAGGCAUUUCUUUUAUAAAAUAUCACCGCAGGCUUCUGCUCUAAUUCCUUCCUUAGAUGUUAGUGAAAGAAUUGAAUUACGCAAAAAAUUAAACUGCAAAAAUUUUAAUUGGUAUUUACGAAAUGUGUGGAAAGACAAUUUUUUACCUAAUGGACGUUCUGCACUUAUUGGCCGUUUUCGUCAUCUAUCCUCAAAUUCUUGUCUUUUUGGCCGACCUUCAAAUCCAGGGAAGAGACAUCGUUUAACAAUGGGGACAUGCUCUCUAGGUUUUGAUAUAUGGCAGGUGGAAUGUUUAUGUAGUUGACAUUAAACAAUUUUGUAGUUUUGGGUAUUGGCUUCGUCCAAAGAAUCAGAAGGUGUUAGAUUAAUGAGUGACGAGCAUCAAUGUUUAAGUGCAGCUAAAGAACAAACAGAUAAUAAUGUUUGGAGAGUUCAAUUAAGGGAAUGUGGUGGACAUAGUAAGGGAAGAAAUGAUAAAGGGUUG